GUCUACUCUUGAAGAUGGGGUGAAAUUUGGCAGGCUGGGCAGAUGGUGCCAGGCACCCAGGCUGCGAUACUGGCUAGAUUUGGCCAGUAUCGGGAUGGGAAUGCCUAGGAUUCUGGAUGGGUCGGGGGAGGGCAUAAGGGAGCAGCUGGCCAGUGUGCUUAUGGCUGUCGAUGCAUUCAGGGAUAGCUCCACACACACAUUCAAUAAAUUUGAGGAGCUGAGAGGGUGACUGGCCCCCGGUGAAGGCACAGUGGCAGAGGUCUGUGGAGAGGGGGGUCAAGCACCUGGGUUCCUGAAGAACGUGGAGGUGUGGGAGUGAUUCCAGACAGCUGGGAUGUGCAGAGCCUGAGAGAGUGCCAGGGAGCGGGCUGGGAGUUGAAAGUUGGGUGUGGUGGCUCACGCCUUUAAUCAUGACACUGGGAGGCAGAGGCAGGAGGAUUGCUUGAGGACAGAAUUCAAGACCAGUCUGGGUAACAUAGCAAGACCCCAUCUCUACUAAAAAUAAAAAAAUUAACAGGGCACGGUGGUCCAAGCCUGUAGUCCCAGCCACUCAGGAGGCUGGGGCAGAAGGAUUGCUUCGGCCCGGUAGAUCGAGGCUACAUUGAGCCCUCAUUGUACCCCACUGCACUCCAGUCUGGGCAACAAAAUGAGACCCUGCCUUAAAAAAAUAAAAAAGUUUCGGUGGGGGACCUGCACCGAGGUCCUGGAGGGGCGCCCAGUUGUGUCUCCCGGUUUUCCUCUUCACCAUUGCCACCACCAUUAGGCAAACAUCCUUCGCCUCAGUUUCUCCCCCCACCUCCCUCUCCUCCACCCAUCCAGGGGGCGGGGCCAGAGGUCAAGGCUAGUGGGUGGGACUGGGGAGGGAGAGAGGGGUUGAGUAGUCCCUUAGCAAGCCCUCAUUUCACCAGGCCCCCGGCUUGGGGCGCCUUCCUUCCCCAUGGCGGGACACCUGGCUUCGGAUUUCGCCUUCUCGCCCCCUCCAGGUGGUGGAGGUGAUGGGCCAGGGGGGCCGGAGCCGGGCUGGGUUGAUCCUCGGACCUGGCUAAGCUUCCAAGGCCCUCCUGGAGGGCCAGGAAUCGGGCCGGGGGUUGGGCCAGGCUCUGAGGUGUGGGGGAUUCCCCCAUGCCCCCCGCCGUAUGAGUUCUGUGGGGGGAUGGCGUACUGUGGGCCUCAGGUUGGAGUGGGGCUAGUGCCCCAAGGCGGCUUGGAGACCUCUCAGCCUGAGGGCGAAGCAGGAGUCGGGGUGGAGAGCAACUCCGAUGGGGCCUCCCCGGAGCCCUGCACCGUCCCCCCUGGUGCCGUGAAGCUGGAGAAGGAGAAGCUGGAGCAAAACCCGGAGGAGUCCCAGGACAUCAAAGCUCUGCAGAAAGAACUCGAGCAAUUUGCCAAGCUCCUGAAGCAGAAGAGGAUCACCCUGGGAUAUACACAGGCCGAUGUGGGGCUCACCCUGGGGGUUCUAUUUGGGAAGGUGUUCAGCCAAACGACCAUCUGCCGCUUUGAGGCUCUGCAGCUUAGCUUCAAGAACAUGUGUAAGCUGCGGCCCUUGCUGCAGAAGUGGGUGGAGGAAGCUGACAACAAUGAAAAUCUUCAGGAGAUAUGCAAAGCAGAAACCCUCGUGCAGGCCCGAAAGAGAAAGCGAACCAGUAUCGAGAACCGAGUGAGAGGCAACCUGGAGAAUCUGUUCCUGCAGUGCCCGAAACCCACACUGCAGCAGAUCAGCCACAUCGCCCAGCAGCUUGGGCUCGAGAAGGAUGUGGUCCGAGUGUGGUUCUGUAACCGGCGCCAGAAGGGCAAGCGAUCAAGCAGUGACUAUGCACAACGAGAGGAUUUUGAGGCUGCUGGGUCUCCUUUCUCAGGGGGACCAGUGUCCUUUCCUCUGGCCCCAGGGCCCCAUUUUGGUACCCCAGGCUAUGGGAGCCCUCACUUCACUGCACUGUACUCCUCAGUCCCUUUCCCUGAGGGGGAAGCCUUUCCCCCUGUCUCCGUCACCACUCUGGGCUCUCCCAUGCAUUCAAACUGAGGUGCCUGCCCUUCUAGGAAUGGGGGACAGGGGGAGGGGAGGAGCUAGGGAAAGAGAACCUGGAGUUUGUGCCAGGGCUUUUGGGAUUAAGUUCUUCAUUCACUAAGGAAGGAAUUGGGAACACAAGGGUGGGGGCAGGGGAGUUUGGGGCAACUGGUUGGAGGGAAGGUGAAGUUCAAUGAUGCUCUCAAUUUUAAUCCCACAUCAUGUAUCACUUUUUUCUUAAAUAAAGAAGCCUGGGACACAGUAGAUAGACACACUUA